CACGAAUGGCCUAUCAAUAAUUCGCCCACCCCCUACGAUAUCUUUGGCUUGAAUAACAAUACAAAUUUUAUUAACAAUACUGAACUCAAAAAAAAAUAUCUUAAACUAUGUAAAAUUUAUCAUCCUGAUUUAUCCAAAAGAAGGGUGAUACUAGAUUCAAAAGGUAUUGAGAUCUCAAACAAGAUCAAAGAAGAAAGAUUCAAAAAAAUAAUAUCGAGUUAUAAAAUCUUGAAGGAUACAAGGAGCAGAAAUCUUUACGAUAGAUAUAAAAUUGGUUGGGAAAACAAUAAUAAUGCGUUCAAUAAUCAAAACAUUUACAGAUAUAAUAAUUUUAGUGAUCAAAAAUAUUGGUCUGCUGGAACUUGGCAGGAUUAUCAAAAUAUCAGAACAGAUUCAGUUUCAAUAGAAGAUUUAAACAGAAGACAUCUUCUCUAUGCAUUUGUUUCAUUGUUCCUUUGCUUAGUGGUCUUGGAAAUCUUCAAUGUAAUAUCGACAGUCGAGGACGAUUUAAUGAAAAGUUAUCGAAAAUCUGAAGAGAUUGAAGUUAACUUGUUUAAAUCAUAUAAUAACUAUGGAUUUGGAUUGGACAAAUUCUCGAGAAUUCAACGAUUCUUGUGGUGGAGAAGAUUCAGCUUGUUUUUUGAGGGCAAUCAGGAAAGGAUCAAGAAAUCCAUUGAAGAUGAUGAGAAAUUGAUGAAGAAGUUGGUUGAAUCUUCAAAAGCUAGAAAUGAA